GCACUUACAGGCAGCAAUCGGUGACCUCGUAUUAUAACGACCCACUGGAGCACGCAUGGCACUUGCAGAUCAUGCGAUUCAUUGUCGAGAGUGGCAUGCCGUUCAACUGUGUGAAGCUCGAGAGCUUCGAACACAUGUUGACGUUGAUCAUCCCGCCUGAGGUUCCCGGAGUGCCCACCCCAAAACCCCCGACGUAUCACAUGAUCCGUACCACAUUUUUGGAUGAGCUUGAUGCGGAAGUCCAAAAGUGUGUGAAACCUGUCCUCGCUACUGCAGCUACCUACGGUUGCACGAUAAUGACAGACGGUUGGACGAACAUUCGGGGUCAGACAUUGUGCAACUAUCUCGUCGGGACCACAAGGGGCGCCACAUACAUCGCGACAGAUGUUAUGCGAGGAAAGAAGGAUGCCACUGCUCUGGCGCAGGCUUGGCUGCGAAGGUUGAAGUCACUAGACAUAAAGCUCGCAGACAUCACCGCUUUUGUCACGAACUCGGUCAGUUCGAAUGUUUCUGCGAUGAAGGUGUUCCAUAAGGAUGAGAGUGUCAAGCACAUCUUCUGGAUUCCUUAUGUGGCGCACGUCAUGGACCUUAUCCUUGAGGACAUUGGCGGCAUUGAGUGGGUGGCGACCCGCAUUGCUCAGGCGCGUUUGGUCACAAAGGUUUUCAAGCGUCAUAGUCAUGCUCGUGAAGUUUUGCAAGCUUUCACGAUGAAGACACUGCUGCUUCCCGCCGAGACUCGCUUCGGUACGCAUAUGGUGGAGAGCGACACGAGGCAGAUUGACAAGAUUUUGCGUCGGUACGACGAGAUGAUCGUGCGUUGUUCGUCUGCAUGUGCCGCUUUGGAGGUGGACGAGCAGGACGCGCUGCUUGAAGUGUUUGACAGACGCCGCACCAUGUUCAAGUCGCCUGCUCAUGUUGCUGCCAUGAUGUUGGACCCCGAGUUUCGAGACCACACGAUGCCAGACGAUGAGGAGAUGCAGCACGUGACGAAGGAGGAGUUGACGCCUGCGAGAGAGAGAAUGCGCGCCGUGUCCCGCAUGGGAGCCACUUGUUGCUUGCGGGAGUGUGACACGAGGAGGUGUCGUAGCGGCGGUCGCGGAGGUGGUCGUCGGGGCGGUCGUGGGCGAGGCGGGCGUGGAGGUCCUGGUGGGAGGUGUAGUGUCGCGAGUCGUGGAAGGGCAACGGACGAGCUAGUACGCAAGCCUCGACAGCGAUGGGAUGAGGGAGACUUUUUGUACGAGAGCUCGUCCAGCGAUGACGAGGAUUUCUUCGGGACUGGCAGGCCUGCACAUGAUGGCGACAGCGAUUUCGACGACUAUCACCCGGACGUAGACGACGACGAUGACGCCGCCGCGCCAGUGGCGAUGAUCACAAACAGUGCAGGGGCCUUGAGACCUGCACACGGUGACACGAUGCGCGACGACGGGGCAGGGGGUGAGCACCGCACAACAGUAGAUGACGCUCGAGAUGGAGUGGAUGAUGAUGGUUCACGACCUGUCCCGGACAGUGACCUGAGGCGCUUGAAACGCGGACCAAGGAAAAGAGACACUAUCGUUUCAAGUGUGCGCAAACGUCAUGGUGGGGUUGCUAGCAUUUCACGAGCACAAGUCCCCGCAACUGAGCAGAUUCCAGUUUUCGAGGACUCUUUCAGCGAUCACAGCGGCGAGGAGCGGAUUGAGCUGCAUGGCGGGAACGGUCAUCCACGAGGUGACACUUCGAGUAUGCACGCGACAGCUCCGAUGGGGCCCUCCGCAGCAGUCCUAGAAUCGCAACAGGGCCCAACACCGUUGAUGCAUCAUCCCGAGGUUCAAGGAGAGAUCGGUCCUCUCCCGGUAGUGCGGGACGAGGGUUCUGCCGGUGCACUGCAUCCACUCACGUCUGCCGGAGCGGCAGUCUCAGUUGCAGCGACCUCGGAUGUGGGACAGCCACUGGCAGCGGCGGAGCAAGAAAAUAUGCUCCCACCUCGCAGUGUUCAACCGCGGCCACCGCCUGCAUUGAUGGAGGGGAGUCAGGGGACCGUUGUUGUGUGUCUAGGCGACGAUCUCCCGAAACAUGAGAUCUCACAUUCUCCCGCAGCCAAGCAGAGCGCCGCAGGCCAUGUCGGCCUCACAUGCCCCACCGAUCAUGGACUCUACGCUCGUUUCUCUAUCGGACUUGUCGACGUUCAUAUCCCCAGCAUCGCACAACGCAGUCUUUCUCAUUCGUUUGACGGCGCAGAGGAAGGGUCUCCAGGUGGGCCAGUUGACGCAGUCGAAAGCGAAGCAAGACCCCCAGGUCCGCCAUCAAACUCAGAGCAUCAUCCGAUUGUCGCAGCUGUCGGCGCAGAUGCGGGCGUCCCCGUCGCACACACUUUUGACGCGACAAAACAGCCUGUGGUUGGGUCAUCGCCGACAGCACGGCACGACAGAGCUACUGUUUUGCCGACAGUGGCAUUCUAUGCCAGCGGGAAGAGUACUGGGGGGAUGGAUGAGCAGGGAGUCCGGAACAAUGGCAGGCCAUCUGCACCGUCUAUGGGGACACGAUCCAUUGGGAGUGUCGAUGGAGCUCGACACACCGCCAUGGCAGAGUUUGAGGACCGACACGGGAGUACUUUGCCGACAAAGACGUCUGAUGUCCACGCUACGAGAGUGGCGAAGGCGAGUCUUUCUCGGGCAAGGAAGAAGGCCUCGACAAGGAAGGCGUCACGUUCGUCCUCACAUAUGCGUUCCCGAGAGAGAGGAUCGGGCGUUGUGCAUCUCGAGGACGGAGAAAUUGCACCUGACGGCGACGCAUUGGAUGUUGGAGGGAAGGAUGCAACGACGACGGAUAUCGCCGGCAGGGAGGGCACAGGGGAUGCAGUGGCAGGUUAGAAGAGACGCGGAAGUGUACUUAUCAUCCACGAC